AUGGCUGAAACUCGGAGUUUUCUGAAUCUAGUGGUGACAGCCAUAGUCACUUUGUCCUCCCUACUUGUCUUUCCCAUUGUCUAUAGACUUUGGCUGCACCCUCUCCGGAGAGUGCCGGGUCCGAGACUUGCUGCCAUUACGACUCAGUGGCAGGUACGUAAGAUCCGUGCCGGAAAGCCGUUUCUGCAAGAUGUUCAUGAGAAAUAUGGACCUGUCGUUAGAAUUGGACCAAACAGGAUUUCUGUUAGUUCCGAGGAAGGGUUUAACAAGAUUUACAAUUCCACCAAGGCCUUCCAGAAGUCUGAUUGGUACAAAGUGGCCUCUGCAGGUCACAGCCUCUCCACCAUGCUUGGUCUCACGAAACGUCCAGAUAGCCUCGACCUGUUCACAGAGACAGACAUGAACAAGUACUACGCUCAACAAGAACUACUUGCGGAUGUGUAUAGUACUACAAAUGUAACAAAGUACAGAGAGCACGUCACAGAAGUUCUGGAUCGCGUGUGCGACAGAAUCAAGCGCCUCAAUGGCACCAAAGCCUCGCUGAUGGAGUGGAUGCACAUUAUUGUCUUAGAGUGUAUUGGUGAAGUGACCUUCUCUGAAGGCCCGCCAAAGUAUCUCGAUGAAGGUAGCGACUUUGGAGUGAUUGAAGGCACUCUCUGGGGAAGAUGGCAAUGGUGGUCUGUACUGGGUCUAUAUCCUAGACUUGCUGUUUUAACCCAGGUUUGGCCAUCGAUAUUCAUUCCUAUCGCAACAGUCUUCACCGGACUUUCUUUUCCUCGGGAAAAAAGCCCAGUGCCCCUCAUUCCAUGGGUCGUUUCUCGGAUUCAAGCCAUGGUACAAUCAAGCAAUGAAGUCAAGACUGCGAUGCCAGAAACAAAUUUGAUCAACCAACUUCUCAAUGCCAACAAGAUCGAUUCUGAUCUCAAGUUGGACUAUAUCAAGAACAUAUCAAGGACGAACUUUCUGGCCGGCCACGCAACAAUGACAGCAAGCGUCACGGGUUGUGUGGCUGGGAUAGCGAGCAGAAGAGAUCUUCAAUCACAAUUUGAGAUCAAGUGUCGCAAGCCAGAAGUGGCCUUGGAAAACCUCUGUCAAGACCCUUUAGUUCAUGCUUCAAUCAAUGAAGGUCUUAGACUUUACGCUGGGACCGGAGCCAACCUCGAUCGCAGAGUCCCCACUGGGGGGAUCUCGCUUCAUGGAUUUUAUAUCCCAGGCGGAACUGAUAUCGGCACCUCAAGCGCAAUUCUGCAGACUAACAAAAAGAUUUUUGGGCAAGAUGCAGCUGAGUUUAGACCUGAGAGGUGGCUAUCAAAGGAAUCAUCUCAAUUGUCGAAACUGGACACGGUAAAUCUCAUCUGGGGCGAGCCGCACCGACGAUGUCCAGGACAAAAUUUGGCUCUCAUGCUUAUUGAAAUGAUCGUCCCAAGAUUGUUUAGGGAGUUUGACAUUCAGGUUCAGGGCCCAGACAAUCUUCUAGCAACGGCGCCUCCAUUUUUUACAACGUCCAUCACGGGCUACAGUGUUCGAUUUCUUCCAAAGAGCCACUAA